AAGUAAAUAUCAGUUUUAGAAUAAGGCUGUAACAUAACAAAAUGUGGAAAAAGUCAAAGGGUCUGAAUACUUUCCGAAUGCACUGUAUGCCAAACAAUCCAUUCAAACAAUGCAUUCAGUUGAUGAUAGGACUUAGACAAGUUGUAAAUGCAACAAGAACUGGUAUUUUAUCAUAGUAUUCACAGCUUUCUAAGAACCUAAAUGUAGACAUUUCUGGUCUGUUAAGAUAUAUUUUAGAGGCUAUUUACACAGAACACCCCCCUGUAUAAUUUGUAUUUAUAAGUACAGUGCCUUCAAAGUUUUCACACCUCUUUACAUUUUUGUUAUCUGAAUUUGAAGUUGAUUGUCACUGGCCUACACAAUAAUCCAUAAUGUCAGUGGAAUUAUGUUUUUAGACAUUUUUACAAAUUAAUUUAAAAUGAAAAGCUGAAAUGUCUGGAGUCAAUAAGUAUAGUAUUCAACUCCUUUUAUGAUAAGCCUCAAGUUCAGUAGUAAAAUUAGCUUAACAAGUUGCCUAAGUUGCAUGCACUCACUCUGUGUGCAAUAAUAGUUUUUAACAUGAUCUUUAAAUGAGUACCCCAUCUCUGUAUCCCACACAUACAAUUAUCUGUAAGGUCCCUCAGUCGAGCAGUGAAUUUCAACCAAAGACCAGGGAGCUUUUCCAAUGCCUCGCAAAGAAGGGCACCUAUUGGUACAUGGGUAAAAAUAUAAAGCAGACAUUGAAUAUCCCUUUGAGCAUGGUUAAGUUACUAAUUACACUUUGGGUGGUGUAUCAGCACACUCAGUCACUACAAAGAUACAUGUGUUCUUCCUAACUCAGUUGCCGGAGAGGAAGGAAACUGCUCAGGGUUUUCACCAUGAGGCCAAGGCAGACUAAAACUGGACAAAAAACUGAGGAUAGAUCAACAACAUUGUAGUUACUCCACAAUACUAACCUAAAUGACGAACUGAAAAGAAGGAAGCCAGUACAGACUAAAAAUAUUCCAAAAUAUGCAUCCUGUUUGCAAUAAGGCACAAAAGUAAAACUGCAAAAAAGGUGUCAAGGAAAUUAACUUUGUCUUGAAUACAAAGUGUUAUGUUUGGGGCAAACACUACAGAUCACUGAGUACCACACUUCAUAUUUUCAGGCAUGGUGGUGGCUGCAUAUGUAAUGGGUGUGUUUGUCAUCGGCAAGGACUAGGGAGUUUUUUAAGAUAAAAAUAAAUGGAAUAGAGCUAAGCGCAGGUAAAAUGAGACUGCUUUCCAACAGACAUUGGGAGACAAAUUCACCUUUCAGCAGGAUAACUACAUUAAACUCAGGGCCAGAAAUACGCUGGAGUUGUUUACCAAGACGACAUUGAAUGUUCCUGAGUGGCCUAGUUACAGUUUUGACUUAAAUCGGCUUGAAAAUCUAUGGCAAGACUUGGAAUGGCUGUCUAGCAAGGAUCAACAACCAACUUGACAGCUUGAAGAAUGUGCAAAUAUUGUUGUGCAAAGCCCUCAAGAGACUUACCCAGAAAGACUCGCAGCUGUAAUCGCUGCCAAAGGUCAACAGAUGACAUCAGCAAUGAUCUCCGUCCACACCACAGCUUCUCGCUUUGCCUUGCUUCAGGUUGACUCUGAUUCGGACUCCGAUUCGGAGUCAGGAAAGACCAGAGGUGGUCGGGACUCUGGAAAGGGUCGGCCUGGGAAGGCAACCGAGGGGAAAUCCACCGCGAGCAACGGCAAGAAGGAGAAGAGGAAGAAGAAGCGAGAGCAGCAACAGAGCGAGGCCAAUGAGUUAAGGAGUCUUGCCUUUAAGAAGCUCCCUCAGAAGUCCUCUGCCCCGCCCCCCUCCCUUUCUCUGCAGGGUGUGGCCAAUGAGCUACUCCAUCCCGUGGCAGGGGACCAAGCCAUGCCCCCGGAAGGCUGGCAGCAAUGGAAACAGAGGGACUACCAGUUAACGAGUGAGCUGUAUGAGGCAGACCUGGAGAAGGCACUGAUUAUAAGUAAACUGGAGUUUGAGGAGCACAAACAGGAUGAUGACGGAACAGAUACUCCCUCUCCCAAGUCCCGAGGAGGAGCAGCGGCAGGGAAGAAAGACAAGAAGAAGAGCCAGCAGGGAAAAGACAAGAAGAUGACCGUGUCUCUGAAGGACUUCCAGGCAGAAGGGGAUCAGCUGAGUAAGAAGCAGGAGAAAGAGGAGCCCAAACUGCCCGCACCUCCAGAAGACAAGUUCUUCAACAAGCUUGAGGAUGACGUUAGCAAAAUCGUACAGAAGGAGAAAAGACGGGAGCAGUUUUCUAACGGCACUGACGCCGAGGUCACGACUUCAACGGAGCAUGAACCGGACCCCCGAACUGAGCAGCUAAAGGACGACUUGGAGAAGAAAGACCAAGAUAUCGAGAAGUUAAAGAAGGUCAUUUCACAAUGGGAGGUGAAAUACAAAGAAGUGAAAGCCAGAAACUCCCAGCUGCUGAAGAUGUUGCAGCAGGGAGAGAUGAAAGAUAAAGCAGAGAUCCUACUGCAGGUGGAAGAGCUUCUAAAUAUCAAAGAGGAGCUGUCUUCACAGGUGACAUCACUCCAUGCCUCACUUGAACAAGAGAAGUCGAAAGUGAAAGGUUUGCAAACGGAUCAGCCAAAACACCAUCAGGGAAACAGGAAGGGGAAAAAGGGUUCAGAGUCUGAUCUAUGAAGACCACAGAGGGAAGAACAUUGACUGCAGAAUACAACGAAGCAAAGCACUCCUAUUCUUCAGGGUCUAUUUGUUUGUAUGGUUACUCUCUACUCUCUGUCUUCAUGCACUAUGCAUGCCUUGUAUAUCACACACACCAACGCCUGGAUGUGCCGCACUGCAGAAGUUAUUAAAAGGCUUGUAAUGAAGGCUGUUCUGAUUUAAAGAUAUGUUUUCUGUUGACUGACAUCGCAGCUCCUCUUUUUGUUCUGGUCUGCUCCCCGCCUUCUCUGGGGAGAUGCCAAUGACAGGUGUGAUUAUUAAUUCUUUUUCUUUUCACUGCAAGUUAAAUAAACUACUUUUUCAGUGUAAAA